CCAACAAAUUUUCAAGAUGGCUCCCACUUGAAGUAGCGUUUUGAUUUCGUGUUGUGAGAUAUUCUUCUCAAUCUCACCAAAAACAACCCUGGCCGCGACUUUUCACCACUUUCAAACGAGAAGCUAGGUUCAAAACCUACACCUCAGCGAUGAACAUCAUGGAUACGGAAGUUUCAACCACAACAGACAGCGAAAGACCCGACGACCCAGAUGUAAACACUAACGGAGACAUGGUAACGUCGUCCACAUCUGAUGCAAGCACAAGACCCGUGGAAGAGGACGACAGUUCUGAGGUGUCUUCCUCCGACGCUAGGCCUUCUAAAGAAUCGUUUAAAUUGCCUAUCCUAACCGGGCCAAGGCCUGGGAAACAGAAAAGCCUGAAAACAGGCGCCAAACCUCUGCCCGAAUGCACCGAUUUACCCCUUCCAUCGUCUGCGUCGGAAGAUUUUGAAAAAGAACCCGAAUCAAGUUCAUCGUCCAAGCCGACGUCUUCGAAUAUUCCCUACGAGGAACCUCCCUGGAGUGGAAUACCUGACCGUCCAUACAGUUUCCAAGUGCUCAAAAGUGGAGUGAUAGUGUCAUCCGUUGAUCUGGAUAAACCGUUUAUGGUUGUCGGCCGCAAGGAGGACUGCGACAUUGUCAUGGAACACCCGUCCAUAUCUAGAUAUCAUGCCGUUGUUCAGUACAGAGCCGUACAAGGCGAACCGAAGAAAUCUGGCUUUUACGUUUACGACCUCGACAGUACUCACGGCACCUGCGUGAACAAGAAUCAGGUCCGACCGCGCUCUUACACAAAGAUCAGUGUCGGCCACAUCGUCAAGUUUGGCGGAAGCACCCGCGGAUUCCUGUUGGAGGGACCCGAGGACGACCAAGAAGAGGAAUCUCCGUUGACAGUUACAGAGAUCAAGGCCCUGCGGAAGAAACAUGAAGAGGAAAUGAAACGACAGGAGGCUGAAGAAAAGGCGAAAGAGGAGGCAGCGAAGGCCAAACAAGAAGAAGAAGGAAUAAGCUGGGGAAUAGACGACGAUGCUGAAGAUGAGGAUCCUUGUGCUGAAAACCCCUUUGCGUCAUUGGCAUCGAACGAAGAACUGUACGUGGACGACCCAAAGAAGACAUUGCGGGGAUGGUUCGAAAGAGAAGGUUAUGAGUUGCAGUAUAACGUCGAGGAAAAAGGAUACAGCCACUUUGUCUGCACAAUCGACCUUCCUGUCGACUCGCCAACAGGGGAACCUGUCGUCGCCGAAGCAUCCGUGAAGGGCAAAAAGAAGGAAGCAGUGAUCGCCUGCGCAUUAGAAGCGUGUAGGAUUCUGGACCGGUACGGCGAACUCCGCAAGGCUCACCACGAGGGGAGGAAGCGGAAGGAGAAGAACUGGGAGGAGAACGACUUUUACGACAGUGACGAAGACACUUUCUUGGAUCGGACGGGAACGAUCGAGAAGAAGAGAGAGAUGCGGAUGAAAAUGGCAAAGAAGGAGAACGAGGUGGAGACGUACGAUACGUUGGUUGAGAAGCUACGCAAAGUUGAACGAGAGAUUAUGGAAAUACAGCAGAAACUAGAAGCCAGCAAACAGGCCGCCAAAGAUGCAGAAACUGGAGCCGAAGACUCGUUGGAUGCCUUUAUGUCGUUGCUGAAGUCGCAGACGCUCCAAGACAAGGCGCAGAGAUCCAAACUUAGGCAGCAGCUCGCAACGCUCAUGCAAGAUCGCGCUCGCCUGGCGAAGCUAGCCAAUAUUGCCAAACCAGCCGGUCUUCCGCCCCUCACAAGUACCCUGGUCAAGCCUCAGGCAAAAGAUGGAGCAGCUUCCAUCAAGAAAGCACUUCCCAUGACUGGAUCCAUGAAAGGACAUCCUUCACGAAAGAGGCCUGUUUCUGCAACGGUCGUGCAACCAGCAGCUCCCGCUCUACAAUCCGCUACUUGCGAAGACGAGGAAGAAGAAGAGGACGACGAGGACAGUGAGGGCCAAGUAGAGGAGAAGCCUCAACAAAAUGCAGAUAAAGUUUCCGAGGCUGCGGACGAGCGAGGCGUUGAAAAAGGAAAGGAGCUGCCGAAGGACGAAGACAAGGUCACGUCACCGGAACCACAGAAGAGGAUCAUGGGCCCCGCUAGGCCACCAGGGGAUACGUUAACGUUUGCGAAACAGAAAACCGAAAGUACCAAGUCAGAAGAGUCAAAGAAGAAGGCGAAGUCUGGGGCCGCACAUUUCACCGAGAGCAGUGACGACUACAUCGGUUGGCUUCCUCCAGAAGGUCAGACAGGAGACGGGAAAACGCACCUCAACACGAAGUACGGAUACUGAGAGUUUUCCGGCUCCUUACGACGCCUGUGUAAAUACUGUAUCACGCGGAUUGUCGGACUCAUCAGCCAGAGACGGGGGUGGCGCGAGAGAAAGUCUCCUUAUUCUCAACGCAUGAUGACAACGCUUUCGGUUGGAUGUACAUAAACACUGUAUUUACAUUUCACGUAGGUGUAGGUGGCUGAUAAUGUAGGACGCAAUAAAGAGACGUUAAUUUGCA